UACCGGGACCCGUCAACAUGGGCCGCGUUCGCACCAAGACUGUGAAGAAGGCGGCCCGGGUCAUCAUCGAGAAGUACUACACGCGCCUGGGGAAUGACUUCCACACCAACAAGCGCGUGUGCGAGGAGAUCGCCAUUAUCCCCAGCAAGAAGCUCCGCAACAAGAUCGCCGGCUAUGUCACGCAUCUGAUGAAGAGGAUUCAGAGAGGCCCUGUGAGAGGUAUCUCUAUCAAGUUGCAGGAAGAGGAGAGAGAAAGGAGAGAUAAUUAUGUUCCUGAGGUCUCAGCCCUGGAUCAGGAGAUCAUUGAGGUAGAUCCUGACACCAAGGAAAUGCUGAAGCUUCUGGACUUCGGCAGCCUCUCUAACCUGCAGGUCACUCAGCCUACAGUUGGGAUGAAUUUCAAAACACCGCGUGGAGCCGUUUGAAUCUGUUCUGUCAUAUUUUCAAUAAACCUGAAAACAAC